CUGAUUUAUUGGACAACGCAGUCUAACAGCGAGAACCUGUUGCGCCACGGACACAUGACAAGUAGCUUGUGCCAUGCCCACUUGGGUUUGCCGCCUGUAUUUAACACACGUCACAAUAGUACCUGACUUGCCAACGAAUGUCGUCGCAGUCAUUUGUCUUGUGUGGCUCGAGUCGCGUGGAUGGUAUCCAUGGGUAACCAACAGCAAUGCCGGAUCAUUACCGCUACUGCGGCUCUGUUUCUGGCAGUCGGUGGCAUUCUUCUGCUCGUCGUACCCACUGAAGACGUCAAAGAGCCGCCAGAGUUUAUGUAUGGGAUCGUCCUGGACGCUGGAUCCUCUCAUACGGCCAUGUUCAUCUACAAAUGGCCAGCAGACAAGCAGAACGGUACCGGCAUAGUCAGUCAACACCGCGAGUGUCAUGCCAAGGGAGGUGGGAUCUCCAGUUAUGCUGGUAACAAAGGAGGAGCAGCCAGUAGUCUUGAGGAAUGCAUGGAACAAGCCAUGCAGGAGAUCCCAAAGUCAAGACACAAACUCACCCCUGUGUAUCUCGGGGCCACAGCGGGCAUGAGACUACUGAAUAUUUCUAAACCCAAAGAGUCAGAUGAGGUUUUGAAGGAAGUGGCAGACAAACUGAAGACCUACCCAUUCAGCUUCAAAGGGGCCAACAUAUUAAGUGGACAAGAGGAGGGAGCUUAUGGAUGGGUCACAGUCAACUACCUGCUUGAGAAUUACAUCAAGUAUGGUUUUGUGGGUCAGUGGCUGUCUCCAGGCAGAGACACGGUUGGUGCUCUAGACUUUGGUGGAGCUUCUACUCAGAUCACCUUUGAAACUAAACAGAUAGUGGAGAACAAGGACAAUCUGAUGAAACUGCGGCUGUACGGACGAGACUAUCGGAUUUACACUCAGAGCUUUCUGUGUUAUGGGAGAGAUCAGGUGUUACUCAGACUGCUGGCACAUCUGAUUACGACUCAGGGUUCAGACCGCUCCAUAGUUCACCCCUGCUAUCCUGCAGGUUACAGUGACUCCAUAAAGCUGAGCAGUGUGUUUGAUACUCCAUGCAAUAAAAGACCAACUCUGUAUAAACCUGAUGACGACCUGCAAAUCAAAGGCACAGGAAACUACGAUCAAUGCCUGGGAAAUGUUUCUCGUCUCUUCUCUUUUAACAACUGUUCUUAUUCAAGAUGCUCCUUUGAUGGAGUCUUCCAGCCCAACAUUACUGGAAACUUUAUGGCAUUUUCUGCAUUUUUCUACACCCAUUCCUUUCUUCAGGAAGUAACCGGCAUCAGCAUCACGUCCCCAGAACAUUUAGAGGAUGCUACCCAUGUUGUCUGCAACAUGAGCUUUCAGGAGAUAACAAAUAAGGUUCAGGGUCAGGAAAGCCGUUUGAAGGACUACUGCGCAGUCUCUGCCUUUGUGCAGGUGCUCCUGGUCCAUAGAUAUGGCUUUGAUUUUCUCUCCUUCCCGCACAUCUCCUUCCAGAAGAAGGCGGGGGACACAUCUGUCGGCUGGUCCCUUGGCUACAUGCUAAGCCUAAGCAACCUGCUGCCUGCUGAAGAUGUUUUACUGAGGAAAUCACUGCGCUCAAGCGCCUGGAGUGCUCUGGUUGUCCUCUUUUGCUUCCUUCUUAUUGUGGCUCUUUAUUUUUUGUUGCAAGCCAUCUGUAAGAAAGACACUGAUAAAGUCAUUUAAUGAUGAUAGUUAUUUUGCACACUAUAUACAUUGUUAUGCACUGCCCUUAGCAGGAAUGCUUCUGUUUACAGUACACUGAAGACAACACAGAUGCACAAAAUACUUUUUGUAUCACAUUUCAUCAAACCUAUCUCAUUUCAAUAACCAAUUUCUUAUCAAGCACAUUUUAUAUAAAUGAUCAUCUUAGAAGAGAUUGUACAACAGGAGACUUAACUUUAGUGAUGUUAAGUCUAAUUCCUCAAGGACAAUCAUGUCAAGGUGUCUAUCUUUUCAUAAUGUUGAAUGUAUGUUUGUUAUGUAUACUAUGCUGUGCCUUCAUAUUAUGUAUUCUUGUUUUGAAACCUUUUUCUAGAUUUGUUUGUGUGCUAUGCAAUGUUCUGUAAACCAAAGUCAAAAGCACUGAAAACAUUCAAAAUGGAAAAUCUUGAAAAUGUAACUAUGCAAAUAGAAGAAUGUAUUUGAUUUUGAAAUGGUAUUGCCUGCUUCUAUUUCUGCUGAAUCAGGAAAACUUUUGUAAUUUUAACCAAGUUAAAGUGGUUACUAAUUUUUCUGAAUUUUGUAGAAAUAAUAAAACGCUGAAUGUGUUUGGCCUUUA